AUGCUUCCUCGCGUGCUCCUCCUCACAGGCUUUGUCCACCAUGCCUACACAUUAUCGAUACCUCGUCUUCCCUCCCUAGCCACUUUUGCUGCUUCCAGCCGUGUGCAGCAACAGCAACCGCUUCAAGACACACUUGAUGCCUGGAUAAAGCAUGAAGAGCACAUUGCACUGGACAAACUGCUCGCCAACGUUGCGCCUGGAGGUAGCAAUGUUCAAGGGAAAGGUGUGGCCGAGGGCACCGUCAUCGCCAGUCCCAGUCAAGACGGUCCGGACUACUGGUUCCAAUGGGUCCGUGACGCUGCUAUCACCAUGGAUACCCUCGUCAACAUCUAUGCCGACGACACUUCGUCCUCGCGCGCGGCUUCUCUAUCCACCAUCCUAGACGCAUACACCUCCCUCCAAGGUGACAUUCAGCGCACCUCAAACCCGUCUGGCACAUUCGACGACCUUUCCGGACUAGGUGAGCCCAAGUUCCAAGUCGAUGGCAAGCCGUUCACCGGCUCGUGGGGACGACCUCAGCGCGAUGGGCCGGCCCUUCGCGCACUGACGCUCAUGCAUUACCUCCGCGAGUACAACGCAUCGCAUCCCUCACUAUGGAGCUCCCCCGACUCCGAAGACUUUUUCGGCUCAUUCUACACCGCUGAAAUGCCUCCUCGUAGCAUUAUCAAAGCAGAUCUCGAGUAUGUCAGCCAUUUCUGGAACCAGUCGGGAUUCGAUCUCUGGGAGGAGGUUGAGGGCCUGCACUUCUUCACCCUCAUGGUCAGCGCGAGGAGUCUGAAGGAAGGCAGUCACCUUGCCAGAACCUUUGGAGACUUUGGUGCGGCUGACUGGUACCAAAAGCAAGCUGGCUACAUUGAGAAUCUGUUGGGCAAAUUCUGGAAUGCGCAAAAAGGACAUCUUGUUGAGACGCUAUGGAGCAAGAGGAGUGGCCUCGACUGCGGACUGCUUCUCGGCUCUUUGCACGCCCUUCCCAAGAGCGGAUCGGAAGAUGAUGUCGUGUAUCCUCCGUGGUCCGAUGAGAUUCUUGUUUCUCUGCUUGCUUUGACUCGGGAUCAGCGCGACCGGUUCCCCAUCAACAGCAAUCCUUCUGACCAGGAUGACGAUGAUGACAAUGUAGAUGAGUUCACAUUCGAGGGAACGGGCCUUGGCCGCUAUCCCGAAGAUGUAUACGACGGCUAUGGAAACUCGAACCGUGGUGGAAACCCAUGGUUCCUGUGCACCUCUUCAGCCGCAGAGAUUCUGUACCGCACCGCCUCGCACAUUUCUGCCACCGGCAACUUGACUAUUACUGAUGUUGGUCUUCCCUUUUACGAGUCUCUCCUCGGUAGCUCCUCUCUAGAUGUCGACGUAGGCACGUUUGGCCCCACAGACGCCCUCUUCCACUCCAUCAUCGAGCGCAUUCAGAGCACCGGCGACGAGUUUCUGCAAGUCGUUAAGACGCAUGUGGAUGCCGAGGGCAGCAUGAGUGAGCAGUUUGAUCGUGUGACUGGAUACAUGCGUGGUGCUCAGCAUUUGACUUGGAGUUAUGGUGCCUUUUUACAGGCUGCUAGAGCAAGAAAGAUUUCUGUGCAUUAG